AUGACUUUCUCUACUAAUCCGAUUAAAAAAUUUGGAAAGGAAGCAUCUCGGCCGCCUAGCGAUUACGUGACAUCAAGAAGAUGUGCUGGGGGGGAUAGAAAGAUUACUAAAAAAGUGCAUACAAUGCGUGCCAGGCCAGCAAAGUCACCUAUUAUUGAACUUGAUCCAAAAUUAGCAGUAAUCGAUACUCUUUAUGGGUUUAUCAGAUUUCAAUCUUUUGACGGAUUUUUCAAGCCAACCGCAGACUUAUCGAAAUUUUUUUCGCAGGGCAAACACAGAAAUUUAUUCCAAAACAAAAAUCAAAAUUCCGUCUGGUUCACUUGCAUUGCUUUGGCUUAUCUUGAGAUUGUAAUGAAAAACUUUAAAGAAGAAUGGGAAUUGUGUUAUGAAAAGGCGCAGACAGCAUUAUAUGAGUUGAGUGGGUAUGAUUCUGCUGCUAUUGAGAAGGAGAUCAGCCUAGCCAGGAAAUGGGUUACUAAGCGGUUUGCUUGA